UCUCCUCGUCUUUUACCCCCAAAUCUCAUCCUUCAGCAUUCUUUGAGAUGACCCUAAGGUGCAGUCUUGAAUCUGAAUCACUAGACACAAUUUUGAGUACCAAUAGAAGUCAAUAAUGUCUAUCAAGGUGAAAUUCGCCCACAGUGACUUGAACGCCCCAAAAUGCUUUUAGCAGGUUCUUAAAUAAGUCGAUGAUCCACCAUUUGCGAGACCAGAGCGGCCGCUGAUGAGCGGCCUGUUCUUUGGUUUUUGCAGCCUCAAGAUAUUCAGUGUUCUCUCAACAACAUCGCCCUAUCAAGAUCUUAGACCCGAGAAGAAAGCAUCGGGUUCUCAUCAUAUCCAUCCCUUUCCUCAAAGAAGCCAGCAAUGCCUCUCUACAUAGUUCCGCUCGCCCGGGCAAAGAUGUGGCUCCGCCGACGAAGAGGACAACCAUGGUCGCCACGAACAAGCCUCUUGGACGAAGCCAGAUAUUCAGUUAUAGUUCUCCUCGGCGCAUGCCUCUUCACCACAAUUCUGGUCACCAUGACCUUGAUGAGAGCAUCCUCGGAGUCAAAACAACCGAUCGCCUGGAUGGCGGAGCUUUUGAUCGUCCUGAUUCUCACGCAAACUUGUUACGCAGCGGUCUUUAGCAUCCACAAAUGCAUUCUUCCCCCGCCUGGUCGCAUUGGUGGUCUGGUCUACUUCUACUGGCUCACCUGGAUCGGCUUGCAGGCUCUCAGCCUCUUCACUGUGCGGCACGCGUUGCACGAAGACUGGUCGCAGGAUACCAAGUCCGUCGCUCUCGCCUGGCUGUUCAUGAGCGCGGGGUCCAUCCUGAUAUGGACAUACGUACUGGCCUGUUUAGAUGUAGGGAGACACCGAAGGGGGAGGACGCUGCGACAUGGCACGGCUGGUCAGCUUCCGGUAGUGCAGAUGGAGGCGAGAGAGCAAGCCAUUGACAUGGAAGCGGCAGUGAGCCCGGUUCAAGCACCACCAUCCGUUGUCGUGAGGGAAGUGAAGAACGAAGAUUUGCGUUUGAGCUGACUCGGAAAGCAUCUGGACCGGCUGGAGUUCGGAAGCAAUGAAGAGGAUGAUUGAUUCAUCACGACACAUAUGAUAUGUGCGAAAUUGGCUGCUUGGAUUGAACA